GUUCGUCUCGCGCCACGCGUCUCAUGCGCGAUCUUCUACCGUUUUGUCUGACUUUACUGUGCGGUUUUUUGUACCUCUUCUUUUGUGGAUUGCUACUUUUUGCCGCCAGGCUGGAUUAUUCGUUUGAAAUCUAGAACUAUUUGACCUUGACACAACUAAGUGAGGUGUGAGGUGUUGGAUGUGAGUGUAGUGAAGUGACCAGUGAUGGUAGUGAGUGGCCCCGCCGUGGCCGCCGCUGUGGCCAUGCUAGAGCAGCAGACAGGCCCCGCCACACUGGGCCCCGGUCUACGGAGGGUAGGGGCUGUGUCUGUACUGCCUCGUAGAACCUCCACGUCCACCACAGACGAGGACAGUGGCAGUGGAGAGGACAAGGAGAUACAGGGCGAAGGCGAGAUGGAGAGCCCAGUUAGAGACACAGGAUUGUCAGGACAGACUCCUGUUUGGACGGACUCUGUGUCUUCCGAGGAGUCUACCUCCGCCUCCGCCUCUGACACUGACGAUAACCACAGGGACGACCAGAACACUACGGGGUGUGAUGAGGAUUUCCAGUGGAUCCAAAACUGCCAGGAGCCACCCGAACCACCCGAACAAACUCCUGAACCGGUCGACAUGCAGAAUAAGUACAACGAACUGUACAAUUCAGCUGGUACAGACCCCGGGAAACCGGUUACAUACCGGAACAAAUCUGGUAGUUUGAGGGGCCGGAAAGAACGAGACACAAAAUCCAAAUCCUCCAGUGUUCAUACUCGAUAUCACUCUCCUUCGAGGAAAGUUUACACAGACGAUAUCCUCCGAGGAAGUUGUAGGAAUAUCUGUUACAACUGUUCUACGAGUUGUCAAGACAUUCCAGAUUACCACCAAAAAGAUCAUCACUACGGCAGCACCCCAGGCCUGGACUGUCAUUGGCUCAGUCAACCUAUCGGAUGCUAUCAUUGUCAUCAUCGGAAUAUCACCCCGUACUUCUGCGACCAACUGUACCCGCAGUAUAGGUAUUUUAAGAGUUCCACAGACUCAGAAGAGGUGGUUCGCAGACUAGAGGCAGACAAAGAUCGACUGUCUCUCCAGGUCUCUGUACUGACGGAACAGAUUGAUGCCCAGUCAGAGAAGAUCUUGGAUCUUGAGAAGGCUCUUGAUGAGAAGAAGAAACAACUGCACACGGCUGAAGAUGUUCUCAACAGAGAAAUGCUCACUCGAUCAUCUUUGGAAACACAAAAGCUGGAGUUGUUGGCACUCGUAUCAGACCUGAGAAGGCAACAGGCGGCUCUAGAGAGGGACAACCUGGACCUUAGAGAUCGCCUAGCAGAGGAGCGCAGACGCAACAAACCACCUAUCAUACCUCGCAACUCUCCAUACCCCGCCUCAUCCACACCUAAUCAGGUGGCCAGUAGAGGCGUGUCACCAUCACCCAGUCCUGUGACAGCCAACGGAACAAGUCCUCGUAGACUGGUAGAGCACCAUGACGACAUCAACCUUCAGCAUCAGAGUCCAGUGGGGGGUUACCGUCGUGCAGGGGAGAUGCAGUUCAACAGUCUGCCCCGUCAGAUGACCCCAGCCCCCGUCCCUGCCCCUGACACCCCUCGCAAGGGGGUGGCUUUUGGUAGGAGUUUGAUGUUAAUGCGAGCUGCGGGUGAUAGGAGCUCCUCAGUGCCCAACCUAGCCGAAACUGAAAUGAUCAUGAUCAGUCGAGAAGACACAAUAUCAGAAACUGACGGACGAAGUCAAACUCCGCAAGCUUCCCCCUCCCCAUCCUUGCAGACCAGCAAGACUAGAGGAAUCAAGAAGAUUUUUGGAAAGAUGAAGAGAAGUGGUUCUGGUAACCUAGACGAUCUGCCUCUGGAAGGAGAGUUCCGCAGAGGUGGUGUGAGGGCCACAGCUGGAGCGAGAUUGGGCUGGACGUCCCCUCCACAGGACAACAGGCCAGAGAAGGUAGAGGACUGGACCUCAGAGCAUGUCACCAGCUGGCUGACAGAGCUGGGCGUAGAGUGUGACAAGUCCUGGAGCAAAACUGGGGCUCAACUGUUACAAGCAAGCAAUCAGGAUGUGGAGAAAGAACUUAGUAUCAAGAACCCUCUUCACCGUAAGAAGCUACACCUAGCCCUGGUCUGUCUGAGAGACAGUGGUUCCCAGAGUGGAGGUGUAGCAGGAGAUCCUUACCUACAUGUGGCUGGAGCUCUGGACACUGCCUGGGUGUUACGUUGGCUAGAUGAUGCUGGUCUGCCACAACACAAGGAUACGUUUGCAGCAGCUAGAGUAGAUGGCCGACUGUUACACAGGCUAACUGUUGAUGAUUUGGCAACACUGCAUGUAACCAGCGUUCUCCAUGUGGCUAGCAUACGCACUGGGAUACUGGUACUACGUAAUCAGAACUUUGAGGCUAACUGCCUGAUCAGGCGGUCGAGUGGGGAGGGGGAAGGUGAGGGGGAGGUGGCUCUGUGGACCAAUCACAGAGUGAUGGAGUGGUUGAGAGCCGUGGACCUGGCGGAGUAUGCUCCCAACCUGCGAGGUUCAGGUGUGCAUGGAGGACUGAUGGUGUAUGAGCCAAGGUUCACAGGGGAGUUGUUGGCCAGUCUGCUGAGUAUACCACCUGCCAAGACACUGCUGAGGAGACACCUGCUGACCCACUUCAAAGAACUACUUGGUCGAGAGGUUAUCCAACAGAAGAGGGAGGCAGAGGCUAGUCUAGGGUACAUACCACUCACCACCACUGCCAAGAUGAAGGUGCCAAAGAAAUCUCAGUUUACACUGAAGCGGAAGAAGACCAAGUCAGAGCUUGACUACGGGGAGUUAGUUUGUCCUCUGGAGGGUCGUAACGCAGCCGACAGCUCAGGUGAACUGAUCUCAACUUCGCCUGCUGGUAAGAUACUAAGUCAAGGGGAUGCCUCUCGUGAAGGGGAAGCUAACGGCAGCAUCGUGGGAAAGACCUCAGAGCGUAACACCAGUGUCUGACACAACAUCUGUAUGUCUCACGUCUCGUCUGAUUCUCACGGUUUCUACGUUUGACCGCAAUGUAGUAUUCGUAUAGGAGCAUCUCUCGCUACAAUUUUUAUAUACCCUGUUUACAUAAUCCUGCUUAUUUAUCCAGGUGCUCUGGGCAGUAUUUUUAUAACUUUCAAAUUAAGAGCACGUACCUUGUACCUUGUAUGAAAUGAAUCCAAACGAUCUCAUACAGUGUGUCUACUGGUCUAUAAAAUUACUGAAUUAAAAUAUUUAAUAACGGUUUUUUUAUUCAUCAUAAUCAGGAGCAACAAUGGUAAAGCAAUAUUUGUUUAUAAAUAUACUUACUCUCUCAUAACCGAGGAAUCAACUUAUGGUUUCUGAAAUUAAGUUAUGUUUUUCGUAUUUUAACAAAGGAAAAGAAUAAUUAAAUUCCAUUUUAACAAGACAUUUGGACAUUUCAUUAUUCAUCACGAGGUACAUAAUAGUUUAGAAAAGAAUAAUGUGUUCAUUCAUCAAUUCAUAUCCAGGAGAACUGGUAGACACCAUGUAAAUAGGUCUCAUGGAACCUAAAAAAUACUUUGCAAGCUACAACUUUCUCGAAGAAAUUAUUGGUCCACGUAUUUGUGCCAUUUUUGAUGCGAUUUAUGUUGAUCUUUGUUCGCUUGAGCAUAAAUUAUUGUCGUAGUGUUUUAUGUAUAGUAUUCGGAUAUGUAGCAAGUUGUUGUGCCUUCUGAAAUAAUCUAAAGGGUACAUUUAGAUUUUAAUUUUUAAUUGUUUUAAUAGUAUUAGUUAGCUAGAGGAACGUUGACGUUUUGAUUGUUGCAACAAAUUAAAAUUUGAAAAUGUUUGAUUUCUUAUCAACCUUGAUAAUUUUGGUUUUCAUAUAUAUUAUUUAGUUAGAGGAUUUUACUUGAGUGCAAUGUAUCCUUCUGGUUAUUUUUUAUGGCAUGGACAAUUACAUAAGUGUAUCAGGCAAUAAAGUAUGGUUUUUACUCUACGAUUGACGUUUUUUGACAUUUUUAUGCAGCUAUAAAUGUUUGUACGAAUUGGUACCCUUCCUUUGAAUGUAAAUAGUAAAAUGCCGUGUUAUAAAUACAAUCCUUUUGAACAUUUAGUUUAUCAAUGUUAAAAAUUUAAAUGUUUGUAAUUUCAUUCUGUACCUGUGGCAAAUCAAAUGAAUUAUCGACCUAUUUGUUGUAAAUUAAAGGUUUGUUAUGCAACUUCGGCAUAACAAUGAUUAUGCUCUAAAAGAACCAGUUUAAAGUCAUGAAGUUUUCAUUAAAAUUCAAAUAUAACUUGUAGAUAGUACAAUGCAUCACAAAUAUCUUUAAUGUCUCUACAUAUAAAAUGCUAUGUAAUCAGUAUAAAUUAUGUAUGUAUUGUUGUCAUUGUCAAGUAAGAAAAAUUGUGAUAACAUAAAAACUUUUAUGCUAAUGAUGUUUUAUGUGUGAUUACUCGUACAGGUUUAAAAAAAUCACAAGACUGAAAUUAAUCAAAAAGUUAAGUUUAUUUUUAGCCAGUGUUUAUAGAAAGAAUGGAAGUAUGUUUAUGCCGUUUAGAUUUUUAAAAUUUCAUUAUUAAACCCAUAGAAAUAAUUCAGAUUAAAUAAAUGCACAAAACCAACUAAUAUUAUGUUUGUUAAUCAAGCGUUAUUACUAUUGUGAGUUAUUGUUUUUUUUUAUUUCAAAAAAAUAUUUUGGAUUUUUUUACUACUCAAUUGAAACUUUACGUUUUUAUUUAUUUCAUCGCGGCACAGCUAUGGUGUUUCUUUUUAUUUCCUUGCCAAAAACUUAAAAGUUUUACCUUCUUUCCUUUUGGGACCAAUUGAUCUAAUAGAGCUUACAUUUGAGACUAACCUAUUGAAUUGACUAUGAAUCAAUAUUUGUAGUAGAUUUUCUACCUUGCAUAUUUCAAUAUUUAUAUUGUUCUUAUGAAUCUUUUGCAACAGAUUUAUUCAUAUUGUACAUUUUUUGUACUGCUUUUGUUUACCAAGUGUGCUUAAACUACUAUUUAAAUCUUUAUUCAUACAUGUUAAAUGUGUUUACAAUCAUACAUAGAAAAUGCGCCACAAUUACAAUAUGAAUAUAGGGAUUUCUUAUCACUUACUGCCUUUCAAUGGCUUAUCCAAAUGAAUUUGUAAGAUAAAUGGACACUGAUUGGGCAUUUAGCUCAGAUGUUCAGUACAGUAUUAAUCAACGUACAAGUAAACUGUUAGUAUAAAAGGUUUCAUCAUGUAGACUAUGUAUUUUCUUUUAGUAUUUGAUGUGUAAUAAUUAAUUGUACAUCAAUCUGUUUAAUUUUACCCUUAAAGUGUAUAUUUAUGAUUACCCUUACUUAUGAAUUACUCCUAUUAAAAUAUAUAAUAAUAUGUAUUAUGACACACUAUACAAGUAGUGUAUAGCCAAAUUAUUAUUAUAUAGUAAUUCAUUAUUUUAUUUUAUUAUUAACUAUCAUAAUCUAGCCAAGUUGCUAUAUUUGUUAUCUAGAUCUUGUGUUUAAGUUAUUUAUUAUUCUUUUAUUCUAGUGCUAAAAUAACAAAAUGUAAUUUCACUUGAAACGUAAGAUAUGUUAUUCUAAAUUUGUUGUUUGACUUUGAGGAAUCUUGAAGAUUUAUUUUGUCUCGUUGCUUUUUGGUAUCAAGAAAACUUUUGAUUCAAUAUUCAGAUGUACGAGCUUGUAAAUAUUAUUGACACAAGACAAUACCAAAUAAAUGUACAUAGGGCAGCUAUAUCACCUGUAAUAUCAGUUAGCAAGUAAUAUGUAAGAUGGAAAAAGUGUAUUAAUGAGUUAAUCAUUUCUAAAGUUUUGAAAUAUCAUUAUAAGAUAAUUUUCUAGAUCUAAUUAGGUCUAAUUAAUAAUUUCUAGAUUUGUUUUACCAUGUGUUCAAUUCAGUUAUAGCACAGACAAAAACAAUUAAAUAUAGACCGUCAGCUGUGCUGCGGUUACCAUUGGUUCUGGGUUCUGGCACACACCGCUGGGAGCGCCAUGUAGUUACGGGGUACACGCUACGUAACUACACGGAGCUUCCAGCAAUGUGGGCCAGAACCUGUGGUAACCGCAGCACGGCUGACGGUCUAUAUUUAAUUCUUUUUGUCUAUGGUUAUAGGUAGUAUAUUAUUUCAAUCUCUAUGUUCAAAAUACUAAUUCAAGAAAAUAUUAGUUUUUCUAAAUUUUAUUUUUAUCAACUACUUGACUUGAUAUACUCUUACUGUCAGGUAAUCUUUUGAUACAUAAAAAUUUUAAAUCCAUCUUACAAUUGUUUGAAGUUUUAAGAGUCUAUCCUAGUAUGUUAAAUAAAAGUAUUUUUGCCUAUCACAAAAUAUCCAUUUUAUUAAUACAAGAUGUUUUAAGAUAUCGUAAUUAAAGUCUUCCUUGUAAAA